AUGCGAGACAAGACACAUCUCCGACAGCUGAACACCAUACAAAGGACCUCGCUGAUCCGGAUCCUGUCAGCAUUCAGAACAGUGGCCACGACGACCUUGGAAGUGGAAGCACACGUUCUCCCCACCCACCUGCGUCUCCGCCACCGAGCCCAGAGGACCAUCGCUAGCCUCCACACUCUACCACGGGAUCACCCCAUCUGGAGUGCGCUCUCACGAGCCCAGAAACGCAGGAAUAAUGUCAGCUCGUACUCUCGCUUCCCGCUCGCGGAAGCGAUGAAGACCAUGAAUAUCGACAGGCUAAACGAAUUGGAAAUCAUCGAUCCACGACCACUACCGCCGUGGCGUCUCGAUUCCUUCGCUGAGAUUGAGAUCGGGUCUGAUCGCGAGACAGCGGCACAUAAGGCCGAGACCACUCGCUCGACAUCCGACGUUGUUGUCUACUCUGACGCUUCUGGUCAACAGGACCACCUAGGCGCCGCCGCUGUAGCACUCGACAACAACCAAGAGAUAGUCGAGGCGCAGCAGGUCCAAGUAGGACCGAUGAGCCGCUGGUCUGUCCACGUCGCGGAGCUUAUAGGCAUCUUCUACGCGAUCAGUGUAGUGUUCAAGGUCGCCCACCAACACUUGAGAACAGCAGACAGGCAACUGACAGCGACGAUCCUGUGCGACAGCCGGUCCGCCCUGCAGGCGGUUCAAAGCGCGAGAAUCAGAUCAGGACAACGCAUCGUUCACGCAAUCCUCCAGGCUGGCGCCGAGGUUCUAGCGGCGGGAAUCGCACUCCGCCUUCAAUGGGUGCCGGGGCACUGUGACAAUCCUGGAAACGACGCUGCAGAUCGAUUAGCAAAGGACGCCGCCAGCCCAGGCAAAACCCAUCCUUUCCGCCCGCUCCUCACCAGAGAGAGGGCGUUCAUCCGUCGGAACAUCUACUCUCAGUGGGAACAAGAAUGA